CUGAGUGACGUAACCGCUAGCGCCACAACAAGCUGGAAAACAAGGAAGUGUGGUGUAACCUGUCACAAGGCCCCGUUAAGACACCUGAAUCUGCGUUUAUCCUUUCAAGCUAUCUUAUUAUACAAAAUACAGAACCAUGAAUAACAAAGGUUCAUAUCCCCAGCAAGGGUUGUACCCUCAACAGAACAGCGCACCUAUCUACCCUCCUGCUAUGCAAGUAUCCCCUCAGGCGCCUCCAUACACAGAUGCACCUCCUGCAUACUCUGAGAUAUACCAGCCCAGAUUUGUGCUUCCACCCCAGGUGCCUGGCCAGGUACCUCAGAUGUCCUCUCCAUACCCCGGGGCACAGAUGUUUAUGCCCAUGCAGCAGCACAUUCCAGUGGGGGCAGUCGGCCAGAAUGUCCCAAUGGCUUACUAUCAGAUGGGAGCCAUGUACCCCCCUGGCUCAACAGUGAUGGUAGAUGGAGGCUAUGAUGCCGGAGCACGCUUCGGGGCCACCAGCAGUGUUUCCAUUCCGCCCCCACCCCCUGGACACCCCCCAAAUGCCGCUCAGCUGGCGGCCAUGCAGGGUGCUAAUGUUGUGAUGGCACAGCGCAAGAAUAAUUUCUUCCUGGGAAGCUCCGGUGGAGGUUAUACCAUCUGGUAACGGCAGCCAUUCUCGACGAAUCCCCCUCCCCUUCUCCUUCCUCCCUGUAUUCCCAACCUCAUUCCCUUCUUCCAACGCGACUAUGCCCUUACACCCCAUCCCACAUGCCUCCCUUUUAAGGCUGCUCAGUCACGCCAUGAUACUGAUAUCACCUAACAGAAUGUAAUAACUUAGAGCCCUAUUAAUAGGUACAGUAUUCCACUUGCUAGGGCAUUUUUACAAUUGAUUGAGACCACUGCCCAGAGUGGCUGUUGAAAAAAAAAAAAGUCUUUCAGAAAUUCAUUCCAAGAAUCCUUUAUCAGAUUCGGUCAAUCCAAAAUUCCCGGCCCAAACUGGUUCUUUUGAAAUUCUUUGUGGAUUAAAUCCGGAAAAUAUUCUGUUUUAGAUGUUCCUUUGUAUUGAGUGAAGCUCAUGUUUGAAAUGUUUUGCAUUCUACUUCACAUUCAUAUUCUGUCUUAAAGUCUGGACAUACUAAAAGCCUUGAAGCCUAAAUGCUAUAAGCAAAAUGUCCAUGUCACACUUCUACAGGCUCCAUGUUACCUGAUCAAUUUGAGGAACAUAUAACAAAAAAUAGCUUACGGCAUUAGUCAAGCACUAGAUAAGUGGUUUACUGUACCUUAUUGGGCAACUGGUAGAUAAAAUGAACAAGUGCCAAAGAGCACUCGAGAUAUCCGCAUAUUAAAGCAAAGUAACUUAAGUAAACCUAAAAGAAGGAAUUUUAAAUCGAGUCCUAAUAGUGAGCUGAGUAAAAUGGAGUGGUUGGUGUCAACAUUUUAGUUGUUUGGUUUUCUACCAUUGUUGUUUUAGAGUCGGAUACCCAGCGUUUUACACUUAGUUGAUUAUUGUAUGAACUGCAACAACUAUUACUUGCUGUUUCUUCUUGUGUUUUAUGUAUGUACUCUGGCAUGAUCUGUUUAAAAUACUUUAUUACAUUUAGGAAAUAAUACAACCUUUUUAAUAUCCAUGUGUAACCAAUCACGAUGUCAAGUGACUCCUUAAUUUCUGCUUUCCUUUUUUUAUUUAUAUGCAGAUUUUUUAAUUAUAUUAUUUGUUAGCCUAAAACAUUUGUUUCGUAUAACCAAGAAGCUGGUUGUACCAAAUACCUGUUCUAUAGUGCUACCAUGUGUGAAUGUGUUGUGAAUGUUUUUAUGUCACGAUUUUGAAGCCAACAUAUCAUUGCAAAAGCCUUUGUAUUUGAUAGCCAGAGUGAUAUGAACCCUUGAGUUAAUUCAUCUAAAAAUGCACUGCUUUGAAAAUCUGCGAAGACCCACGCAUAGCAGCUGCUUUUUUAUGUUAUUUUCUUUGUUAACAAACGUAUGACGACUCUGUGCAUUGUAGUAUUUUAGUAUUUUAGAAUACUUCUUUAACAUUAAACAUGGUCUGUUCAUAAAAUAUGCCCAACUGCAGUUUUACCUUUUACUAGCAUCACUGCCUGCACACCUACUUAACCAGGACACUUAUGCUUAUUAAUUAACCUAAAGAAGAUGUACUUAUGAAUACGAUAUUAAGGUAAUGUCAGGAUUUCCUGCCGGUAUGCAUACAAUCAGCUGAUUGAGUGGAUUUUUAGUGUUUAGUAACAUGUGUCACUGGGUAUCCGACAUAGCAAUGGUCUUAAUAGCUGUGGCCAGCACAACGAAUGCUAUAGUUGUCAAAUGGAGCUUCUCGUUUGUUUUUCCUCAAUGUCAGCCUGACGAGGUCACCGAGAGCUGACAAGAAACAACUGCAUUAACUGCGAAAAUAUCAGAUAAAAGCAAUGCAUGGCUGCAGAAUGUGCUGUUGUAUUCCUCAGCUUGGAACAAUUUGGUUCUUUUUGGCCACAGCCUUUAAACCUUUUUUUGUCAUUACAUGAUAUUUUUGUCCUACUUAAGAUUUAAUUGUGUUUGUAAUGCAACAUAAUGGUGGCCUAGUCCCAGCAAUAUGAAGAACUGUAAUCUACAGGUUAACCAGUAGUCGCCAUGCCAACCACAGCUACCAUGGAAUGGAAUUGUCUUUGGAUUAUGGACAUUUAGUCAGGGAUUCUCUAAACUAUUUUGUAAUGUGUACUGAGGUGAUUUGAUGAGCUUUGGUAUGGCUUCUAUCUUUUAAGAUUACUAAAAGGAGAUGAGUGUCACUUCAAUUUGCUGAGACAUGUCAAGGGGAACUCUUUGCAAGAACUUGGGUGAACUUAACUUUUUAUAUUAAACUUAAAAUUUAAAAUGACAAAUUAGAAUAAAUGUUAUUUUGGAAAUUUGAAAUGACCGUUUAUCUUGAUUUUAUCUAGAAAACGGAUAUGUAUACUAUGACAAAAUGUUAGUUUUUAUGACCAGUAGUUAGUUUUCCUAUUCAUUGUUCAUUAAUUAUUCCAUUAUGGUAAUUUAGUUGAUAUUAUGGUAACUGCAAAUCCAAAAUUGCUGUCAAUUAGCAGCUAGUUAACAAAAGACAUAGUAUUGGCACAUUUGAUGACAAAUAUACUGUAAUAGUGUAGACAUGGCGUUUCAUGGAAUAAAGUUGAAAUAUUGUGGGUAUCGUACAUAAUUGUUUAAAUUCUCGGAUCAAAUAAUUACUUAUUCAAAAAAAAUAAAUCAGUGUCCUCUAUAUUUGGCAAAACUGACAAUUCUGUUUCUGUAUAACAAACGGCAAACAUAAAAAUACAAGGUACGUGCAACAAGAGAAAAACAAAAAUUGCACAUUAUUAAAAAAACAGUUUUGACCAUUUCAAAAAACAUCCUGAAAUGACUGAUGGGCUGUAUACAUCAGGAAUAUAACAGAUACUGCAUAGUAAAAACUAAUCCUGGCUAAAAUAUUGAUUGUCAAAGCACCUCGUCACAAUGAUGACCUAGACAAAAAUGGAGGGAACCACCUGCUCACGCCUUAUGUCUGUAAACAACUGUUCUCACGGGCAGCUGCUCGUUGGCUACACAUCCAUUUUCACUUUUUUUUUUUCAUUCCCCUUUUUUCAUUCCUGCUUUUGGCCUGUUGCAGCAAAAAUAAGAACACAUUCCACGUAUGGCAGACAGCACACAGCAGAACAGAUAAUACUCCCAUUCAUCCAUCUCUUCUCCGUAUGUCCAACAAGGUCCAUUCAUUUCCUCGGCAUGCUGGUCAGCAUUAACCAGGGUUCAUAUAAAGUAUUCCUUCUUGUCAUUGGGAGCCUGGUUUGGUUUGUGGUCUUCUGCCAGGUCCUCUCCCGGGGCGGGCUCCCCGGUGGUCCGGUAGGCGCCCUUGUUGUGGCACAGAUAGCGGUAGAGUAGGAAGCCCACUACUGCUAGGGUCACCAGGAGCAGCGCGAUCACCACUGGGAGGAGCACAGCAGCAAACAUCUGGAUGAAGGGACUUUUACCGCACUUAAGGAAAAGGAAAAGAUUUCUAAAAGGCUUCAAACGUUAUAGUUACCUCCAAUAACAGUGGACUCUGUGUGCAUGGGAGCGGCUGUGGUGACUGGAAAAUAUCAAGACAACCGUUCAUAUGAAAUAAAAUGAAAUACAAUGAUGAAACGUGUUGCACUAUAUGUCCCCAAAAA